ACCUUAUUUUGAACUCAAGGCCAAGUACUAUGUCCAGCUAGAGCAAUUGAAGAAAACAGUGGAUGACCUGCAGGCAAAACUGGCCCUGGCAAAGGGAGAGUAUAAGACUGCUUUGAAAAACCUGGAGAUGAUCUCAGAUGAGAUUCAUGAGAGGAGACGGUCCACGGCCAUGGGACCUCGAGGCUGUGGCGUGGGUGCCGAGGGGAGCAACACCUCUGUGGAAGACCUGUCUGCAAGUAAACCAGAGUCGGACACCAUCUCAGUGGCUUCGGAAGUGUUUGAGGACGAUCACGGCAGUAGCUUUGUAUCCGAAGAAGAGUCAGAAACGCAGUCGGUGUCAAGCUUCAGCUCCGGCCCCACGAGCCCGUGCGAGGUGCCCUCUCAGUUUCCUCCCACGACGCGGCCUGGAAGCCUGGAUCUGCCCAGCCCCGUCUCCCUCUCCGAGUUCGGCAUGGUCUUCCCAGCCCUAGGGCCCCGGAGCGAGUGCAGCGGGGCCUCGUCGCCCGAGUGCGACGCGGAACGAGGGGAUAGGGCAGAAGGGGCAGAGAACAAGACAAGCGACCGAGCGAACAAGAACAGGAGCAGCAACAGGAGCAGCGCCGCGGAGGGGCUCGCUCUGGAUAACCGAAUGAAGCAGCUCUCCCUUCAGUGCAUGAAAAUCAAAGAGGGAAUAUGCGCAGGCAGAAAAGCUGCCCAGAUUGGCUGAGUCCUUCCUGUGCCCUACCCGGAUUAAUGGGAGUAUAAAUAUUUAUACAUGAACUUCUGAGUGUCCGAAGAACGUCGUGCCAAUAAUACAUGCCAAAUCUUAAGCGUUUACUCUAAGAAUUUUAAAACUGCACUAAGAAGUCUGAGUGAUGCUGAGGGCUGAAGUUUUUAUUCAGUAAAUCCUUUGUGGGCCGGACGAGUUGUCAAACGUUGAAGCUGUGCUCGUAUUUCACAGACUUUGUAAAUUGUUUUGUAGCAGCCUGGCUGAAGCAAUAACGAGUAACGUUCCCGUGUAAAUUCAUGCCGGUAGGGGUCUGAAAUCUAAGCCAGACAUUUGCAGUGAGCAGUUUGGCUUCAGUUUUGUAGAAUUGAAAUGCUCUUCUUUAGAUACAGUGGAUCUUUUGAGUGCAAGUGGCAUAUUCUUUAAACAUCUGUAUUUGUCUGUAUGAUGCUGAAAGUGUAGAAAUAUUUUGUAUAGAGGAAAGCUGUUGCAUGUGUGGGCCUAAAGGCCUUCACUCUUCCCUUGGUGCUCGCAGAAAGGAUAAAGAUGAGUCGUGCCCUCAAAAACUGGCAUAGGAGAAAGAGGGAAACGGGCUGGUAACGCUCAGCAGUGACAGGCCCUUUCUAGCCACCUUGCCAAGUCUGCUUUGGACUCGAAGGGUGAUUCCAGUGACCAAAAAGAGUUGCUUGGCCUCUCGCCCUUCCCCUCCCCUGAGAAGUAAGUAUUCUUUUUCAGCACUUUAAGUGUUAUUGCUCGAAAAUGGGAGUCAUAGAUGUGUUCAGGACAGUUAUGCUAUGGGAUUCACCCUUAAAAUAUGCAUGAAGAAAUGGAAUUGCCAGUGUAGACUGACCAUGUGUUCUUAAAUUUCUCUGUAGGUUGUACUGUGUGGGGUUUUAUAAUUGUUAAAAGGACUUGAGGUUUUAGAAUGCCCUAGAGAGUGUUCAAUAAAACUAGAAAGGGCACGGGCAUGUUUUGCCAGGAGCUGUUAGGCAGUAGUAGUAUCCGGAAAUUAUGCUAAUAAGUGGUAGUAAAAAUCCUAGGACUCUUUAAGUUUUGGUGGCUAAGCAUUUCUGAAAGCACCAUUUUAUCUAAAAUGUCAGUUUAUAUUGUUAAUUUGAUGGGAAUUUUAGUAUUGCCCAACGUAUUUUCUAUUCUAUGUUUUUGCAGUCCUGUUGUAUUUUGUCCCUGCCACAGCUUGUGUAUCUAUUCUCAAAGUUAAUGUAAAAUUCUUCACACUACAGUAAACGUUUUUGUUUUUCACAUUUCA